CCUCCCGUUGGGGGCCUCGCUGGUAGCACUGCGAUCCGUGGCUCGGCCCGCAACUUACGCCCACUUUGCCUGCUGCGGGCGCUUCCGGUUCCGGUAUCGGAAGCUGCUCGGGAUCCGAGUGGUAGGGCAUGGCGGGGAGCCGGCUGGAAACUGUUGGUAGCAUUUUCUCACGGACCCGGGACCUGAUUCGGGCUGGAGUGUUGAAAGAGAAGCCCCUCUGGCUUGACAUAUAUAAUGCCUUCCCCCCAUUAAGAGAGCCGGUUUUCCGAAGGCCUCGCUUGCGAUACGGCAAAGCCAAAGCCGCUGUCCAGGACAUCUUUUACCACGAGGAUCGGAUUAGAGCGAAAUUUUAUUCGGCCUAUGGAUCCGGUCCAAAAGCUUUUGAUCUGUUCAAUCCGAACUUCAAGUCCACCUGUCAACGGUUUGUGGAGAAAUACAUUGAGCUACAGCGACUUGGAGAAACAGAUGAAGAGAAGUUAUUUGUGGAAGCAGGGAAGGCUCUAUUGGCCGAAGGUGUCACUUUAAGACGAGUAGGAGAAGCAAGGACUCAGCAGGAAGGUAGUCCCAUUUCCCGGAAAUCUGAGCCCACGGGUAUCAAGCCCCAGACUGCGGUGGAAGAGAACCAGCCUUGGAAAGAAGUCCCGCAGGACCAGCCUUUGGAGGCUCCUGAGAAAGAGUCGAAAGGCCUCCCUCCUCCCUGAGAAACUUGCACACCGCGUGUACCAACGUCCAGACCGGACUCUCUGCAUGAAUGUGGAACUAUUUUAACAGUUGAACUGUGCAAAUGUUUCUCGAUCUCUAAGGCAUCACGUUUGCCGUCUUUCGGGUCCCAUUUCUAGGUUGUCAUAAAGCUCUGUCUCAGGGUUUGAAAGAAGCAGUUACGUGAACUUUCCUGUUCGGAUGGUAUUAAAUAAAGAAUUCCCUGGUGCUUAUAAAGUAAA